AUGGACAUUUCCGAUUUCAAGUCGCCCGUCGAUCGGCACAAAUUCAACAUUCAAUAUGUCACCACUCCUACUGCUGACACACCUGGCACCUCUCUUCUGUUGCAAUUUGACAACAAGCGUUACCUCUUCGGUCGGAUAACAGAAGGCACUCAGAGAGCAUGCAUAGAACGAGGUGUAUCUCUCAAGAAGGCGAGAAACAUAUUCCUCACCGGCGAGACGAGUUGUGACACAAACGGUGGUCUCCUAGGCAUGAUAUUGACCAUCGCUGAUGUACUGGCUACCACUGAACAAGAAGAGAAACAGGCUCUGGGUACUAUUCACAUUCAUGGCGGCCCCAAGAUUUGGCAUACAAUUGCCUGCGCAAGGAGGUUUAUCUUUCGCACUGGCAUGCCAAUGACCGUCUUGGAAGCCUCCCCUGAUGCAUGGCGUAUUUCUGAAUCCCCAGACUUUUAUGACGAGAAUAUCCUGCUCUGGGCUUUGCCAAUCCGAAGGACGUCCCCUGCUGGAUUCGGUCCUUCGUCAGCCGAGAAAGACAAUCUCAGAGCCUCUACUGUGAACCAGGAGCAAAGUCUGCGCAAGGAAACUGUUCACAGUAUGUUCGACUCGGAUUGGCGGAAGGAUAGACUGUAUGAAACCACUUUUAAGGAUGUGAACCUACCUGCCACCGUCUGGGUUCGUGAUCCAGUGACCAAGGAGCUGUCUUCCACUUUCUGCCACACAAUGUCUGAUGCCCCUCAAAUUGCUCCUGAUCAAAAGGUUCAUGUCAGGUUACCUUGGCCUGCUGCUCUCAUUGCGAAGCUGCCCGCCGCGGACAACCUCCCCAAUCAAGUUGCCAUGUCAUAUUUCUUCAAGGGUAGACCUCAGAGAGGAACCUUCAACGCCCAAAAGGCUAAAGCCGCUGGUGUCAAACCUGGUCCCGCUUAUGGUGUGUUAGCCUCGGGUCGGAGUGUUGUUCUCGAUGAUGGCACUGAGGUCAAACCCGAACAUGUUCUGGAUGAAAUCCUUCCUGGUUACGGCAUGGCAGUGCUUGACAUCCCCGAGACAGGUUACCUAGACGACCUGUCUCAAAAGCUUAUGGACAUGAAGAAUGCCCAGAUCUUGGUUGACGUUCAUGCUUUUCUUUACAUUCUUGGCCCCGGCGUCCUUGCUUCUCGGCCUUUCCUCGACUUUCUAGCACGCUUUCCUGAUGUUAAGCAUGUCAUCUCGUCACCAGAUGACAGUCCCAACUACCUUGCAAUGGCAUCUUCAGCUGCUUCGCUAACGCGCCUUUCCCAUAUCCGCCCGGAGAUAUUUAGCCUGCCCAUUCAUAACAAUAGAGCAGCCGAAAUUCGGCCAUAUACAGGAAAUAUCAUCCAGGCCAAAAGAGGUCUUAAAAUGCAUGUGGCUCCAAAGUUUCAAGUCGACGAGGGUGAGGUACCGUCUUACCCCAACAUACCUCAAAUAGUCGCUGAUAAACGUUACAAAGACGUCUCAGUCACGACUCUGGGCACCGGGUCAGCAGUACCAUCCAAGUACAGGAACGUUUCGGCGAAUCUGCUUCACAUCCCAACUCUUGGUUACUUUCUUCUUGAUUGCGGAGAAUCCACACUGGGUCAGCUCAAACGGCUCCAUACCCCGGAACAGUUGGACGAGAUAUUGUGUAAUUUGCACAUGAUCUGGAUCUCUCAUCUGCAUGCUGAUCAUCAUCUUGGCACCAUGCCGAUCCUUGUCGCACACAAAAAGGCGGUACAAGAACGGCAACGGAGGACAGGUCAGGAACCUGCACACAAGCUUUACCUGCUUGCCGAGCCGAGCAUGGCCGACUACAUUGAAGAUUAUCGUUCUGUGCAGGAUUCUGAGGCAAUCAUGCUAAGGUGUUUGAACUCGGGCAUAACCAACCUCUACUCUGAGCCAAUUUCACUCAAGGACACAACCUUGCCCAUUUCAAAGCUUGACUCCACACGUGUCAAUCACUGUCAUGGCGCACAAGCUGUCUCAAUUACCUUUUCCAAUGGAUUCAAGAUUUCUUAUAGCGGUGAUUGCCGGCCAUCCGCGGAUUUCGUCAACAUUGGACAUGGGUCUGAUGUCUUAAUUCACGAAGCAACGUUCGAUGAUGGUAUGGAGGGUGAUGCCAUGGCUAAGAGACACUGCACAAUUGGUGAAGCGUUGGGUGUAGCCAACGCGAUGAAAGCCAAAAAUGUGAUUUUGACUCACUUCAGUCAACGUUACCAGAAGUUGCCCGUUCUUACCGAUGUCAAAUUACCGGGUCAAUUAAAAUUUGAGGAAGCAGGCAACGCGACAGAUUCUGUAGGUUCUCUAGAAGAGGAGGGGACUAUGAACAGCGAGUCUGCCACUACGACAAGCUCAUCACCUCGUCGCGAGUCAAAAUCUUAUACACCACCAACACUCAAGAAACAGAUGUCCCUUCAGGAAGCUGCUCAGCAGAUGUCCAUCUGUAUAGCUUUCGACCUUAUGCGAGUCACUAUUCCACAGAUCAAAGAUAUGUACAAGUAUUAUCCAGCGAUCGAAUCUAUGUUUGACCAUGAGCAGUCGAAGAGUGAUGAGAAACGCGAGGCAACUCGGAAACAAGCCGAAGAGUUGCAGAGAGCCAGAGAUGAGGCCGCCGCCCAACGAAGACUGCAGGGUGAAAUGAAGCAAAAGUCCAAAAAAAAGGAUGGCAAGAACAAAAAUGGAGCUGCAAGUCAAACUGAUAGCGGAAGAGCGAGUGGAACACAAACACCUAACAAGAAAAAAAACAAGCAGGACAAGAUAAACUCCCGCCACAAUGCCAAGUCCGAUGGCCACGAAUCUGUUGGAACAGGUCCAAUCUUACAGUCUAAUGGUAAAAGAAGCUCACGUAAUGGAACUCAAGAAAAUGUUGCACACACCAAGAAGGCUAAGCUCGACAACGCUACAGACUGA